AUGGUCCUCCCCGCCAACGACGCCUUCUCGCUCGGGCUUGCCCAUGACCAGCCACGCCGCUCGUCGUCUCGCUCGAGGACGCCCUCCCUUCCACGUCGCCCAUCCACGCCUCCCACCAACAUCAACAUCAGCAUGACAGGUGCCAAGCACGCGCACAAACGCCGGCCGUCGUCUAUGCGGGAUUCUCAGCACAGUAGCGGUUCUAUGGGCUCACUGUCUGACGCCCCCACCAUCGACGAGCUUAGACAGUCACGCGCACGGAAUGGUUCUGCCUCUAGUAAUACCAGAAAUAAAAAGCAACCAGAAAAAGUAGAUAACAAGAUAGACUGGGAGAUUCCCCGCAAGGCUUUGCAUUCGUCCAUUGGCUUCUUGACGCUAUACUUGUGGACAUCAGAUGGAUCACGCGACUACGUCGUCAUGGCACUUGGCUCUGCGCUUGCCGUACUCAUACCAAUCGACAUCCUCCGUCUGCGUUACCCAUCCCUGGAGCGCGCCUUUGAGAAGUGCGUUGGCAUUCUCAUGCGAGACAGCGAAAAGCAAGCAUCUAACGGCGUGAUAUGGUACAUAUUAGGCGUUAACACCGUCCUCGUUACCCUUCCUCUCGACAUCGCCGUCGUUUCUGUGGUCAUUCUUUCAUGGGCCGACACCGCCGCAUCCACAUUCGGCCGUCUUUACGGCCGGUUCACACCACGCCUCCCGGCACGUGUUCCCAUCCUCGGUCUUCCGCUUGCACAGCGGAAGAGUCUUGCAGGGUUCGUCGCCGCUGCAAUAACGGGCGCAGCUGUGGCUGUCGGUUUCUGGUCAUUUCUAGCGCCAUUGAGGGAGCAGAGACCGGGAUUGAGUUGGACAUGGGAAGGAGGUGUUGGAGAAGCCUUCGCAGACUCGAGUUCGAAGAUGUUUAGUGGGUGGACGGGAAUAGCCACAAUUGGAGUCGUGACAGGACUCGUUACUGCUAUCGCAGAGGCCCUCGAUCUCGGUUCUAUAGAUGACAACCUCACUUUACCUAUCAUCACUGGAGGCUGCCUGUGGGGCUUGUUCAAAAUCCUUGGGUGGCUCGGGGGCGUCAUCUCCUAA